UGAAGGCAGUUGGAUCAAUUUUCAUGAAAAUUUUACUCCUAAUAUUAUUUUCUUUCUUAAAGGAUGGGGUUAACUCUGAAGAGAAAAAAGGUGGGAUCAGUACUGAAGAAGAUGGUAAUGCUGAAAAUGAUGACGACCUUGUUCAUCAGGAAAAACCAGAGAGUUUUCUGGGAGAACUGCAACAACAUUUUGAGGACUGGGCACACGACUUGAUAAUACCUCAAAAUGGAACCUUUCAGAGAGAUCUUUAUGAUACCAUCAAAAAUAACUUCAAAUAUAUUAAAUUGUUUCUGAAGAUAAUACGCGGGGGCAUGAGAGUUCUAUACACAGAGAUACGUGAGCUAGUAAUUCAAGAGAUACCUCUAGCUCUAGGAAUGGAAAAUACAUCAAAACAAUUUGGCGUGGAAGAUGAGAAAGAAAAAACUGCAGAUUCUGAAGAGCAUUGGUGGGGUGGAUAAAGAAUCCGUCGGACAAUAAUGAUCCCCUGUAAUGCAGAGAUGAUACUAUGGGUUUCCGAAUAAACAUGAAAAUAAACCAAUGAUUUCUAAAUCAUCUUUGUACACUAUUUUUGAUUUGGUAUGGUAUUACCUAGUAAAACCGUAAAUGUUUCAUUUGCUUGAGUUCGGAAUUUGUUUGUCUCGCCUGCAUAUUAAAAUAAAUGAAAACUUCCUGUAUACAAAGUAAGUUUUCCCUCUUCACUGUUUAUCAAGCAGAAAUGUUACAGAAAUAUUACUGGUUAAAUAAACAAACGUUUACUUGAAUGCGGGCACCAUAGGUUCAGCAGAAGUAAAUAUUUCCAUUUACUGUUAGCGCCGAUUAAAGGAUUCAUAACUCUAAUUGGAUAAUGAGAUAGAUAGAAAGAUAGAUGAAAUGUUACAGAAAUAUUACUGGUUAAAUAAACAAACGUUUACUUAAAAUAUUCUCACACGUAACUUUAUUUUGAAAUAAGGUACAGGGUUACCCACAAAAGACGAGACUUCAGAGACGGCUUAACGAAUAAUUAUUCCGUCUUUUUCUACAUUCUUUGUCAAAUCAGUUACAGUGAUUACUCUAAUAUAGAAAGACGACUUUUCAACAAUACUUCAGAGUAUUUCAUGUUUUUACAAAGCAUAAAGUUUUACUAGACCAUCAUUGAAUUACUGAUGGAGUGAAAUGGGUUUGUUAGCACUUCACAGGUUCUGUGUCCUAUGCUCAUCAGGCUAUUUAAAGUCAUAACUUAUUUCCAAAUGUCGUCUUCCUAUUUCAGAGUUUUCUAGUUAUCACUGUUAUUAUACCAAUUAAAGUCUAAAUCAAAGUCUGAAGACCAAGUUAAAGCUUCAAUUCGACAGAAUAAAGGAUUAUUAGAUCGUUUUUAAAGUCCCAUCCUAUGUGGGGUCAGCCCUGUAUUUCAACCAAGACGUUCUCAAAGUCGUUUCUUAGUUCCAUGUUUUUGGGACACUCUG